AUGAUAGACCUUGGACAUGCUUUGGUCAUUUUUACCGUGUCUAUACAGACUGCACUAUGUGCUGGUCCCCGAGAGAUGACUUGGUCAAAAAGGCACUUUGGGCCCGACGGGCCCUGGCAAGCCGUGGACGUUGCCGUGGGGAGCAACUCUUCGGAUCUCAUGCAACCAACAUCAGCUGUCGCACUGUACCCUGGCGGAAGUUGGGAAAGUAAAAUCUUACUUUCAACUUUGUGCGACAAUACAACUUUAUCCUCGAUAUGCUUCGCCGACAAGGGGGGGCUUUUUGACAGCGACAAGUCGGUGACUCUCGACAAUAACUCGAUUCAACUACCUCCAUAUGGGUCUUGGGAUGAGCUCGACUGGGGAUAUACUAAAGCCGUUCCAGUUUACGCCAGGGCGAGGCGAGCGACCGAUUGGAUCAACAUUCAAGGCACUCCGAUCCCCGAAGUCGACUUGAUCCUUAUACGUGCUGGAUGGCAGACAUACCCAAAUGGUCGGGCUUACCCCCUGGAAGUUGGCACUCUAUCCCUCGGGAGUCCGGAGCUGAAUCAAACAUUUGGAGCUUCGAUCAAAAUCAACACAACAUUCAUCAACAGUUAUCUAUACGACCAGGGAGGUGUCCAUAGCAUUCCGUCAUAUUCAUAUGGGAUGCACAUAGGCUCCGCAUCACUGGGAAUUCCUGGGUCCCUCCACAUGGGCGGAUACGAUCAGAGCCGAGUCAUUGGAGACGUCUCCUCUCAGUCAUACAACAGCGGCAGCUUUCCGAUCGAGCUUUUUGACAUGAGCCUCGGAGUGGCUGAAGGAGGAUCCGCCUGGAGUUACCCCAACAAGACUGGGCUUCUGGGACACGGAAAUUCCUCUAUGACUUCGGGUCUAACAGUUAUCGUGGACCCGACAAAUCCCUAUAUUUACCUGCCUCAAAGUUCAUGCGACGCCAUAGCUGCCGAGCUGCCUGUCACAUAUCAAGCGGACUACGGUCUCUAUUUUUGGGACACAUCAGACCCACAAUACAAGAAGAUUGUGACUUCUCCAAGCUAUUUAGCAUUCAAGUUCAGCAAAAACAGCCUGAACAAUGAAUACAUCACAAUCAAAGUUCCCUUCGCGCUCUUGAACCUCACGUUGGAAGCUCCCCUUGUCGAAACGCCAACUCCAUACUUCCCCUGCAUGGCCACCAACAGUACUCCCGUACUAGGUCGCGCAUUCCUCCAAGCGGCAUUUAUCGGCGUCAACUGGUUACAUUCAGGCAAAUGGUAUUUGGCUCAAGCCCCUGGCCCAGAUGCAUCCUUCAUCGUGAAUACCGCUACGAUGGACGAAAACAACCCUUCGGUGUCAGGCUCUUCUAGCAGCUGGGAAGAUACAUGGAAGCGUCAAUGGGUUGUUCUGCCCACACCCUCUACCAUUGCGACAAAUGGAACCCAUCUACCGACCGACACAGCCACUGAUACAGGUCUCUCCACUAUAGCGAAAAUUGGGAUAAUUGUGGGUAGUGUCGUGGGUGGUGCGUUGGUACUGGCACUAAUCUGUGGAUGUUGGAUUCGCCGUCGGCGAAGGCAGAGACAAGAUCCUACGGAUGAGGAUUUGCACACCAUUUUGGAUGACAGAAACAUGGACAAGCGCCAAUCACAGCUGCUAGAAGCCCCUGUCAAUGAAUGGAAGCAAAUCAACGAGUUGGAUCCCGAUCUACAAAGAUACGAGAUGGCUUCAGGGCAAUGUCAAAUUUAUGAGCUGGGCCCAGAGAAGAAGCCCAUUUUUGAACUGGAUCACAAAGGAACGUCACAUUUUGGACCAUUCGAACUCCCAGAACGGAGCUCCAUGUCCAGACCUGGAAUGAUCUGA